GUGGGGCUGCGCCGCAUGGCGAACCGGAGCCCCGGGGAGCCCGAGGCGGCCCGCGGGAGGAGGAAGGGCUGGCGGGGCCGCGGGGAAGCGAACGCGCCGAAAGGCACCGACGUGGCGGCGGCCGCGGGUCCCCCCCGCAGCCCCCGGGAGUUCUCCUCCAACUGGAAGGCGCUGCAGGAGCUACUGAGGCAAAAGGCAAAUAGCUCCAACGAGUCCCUCACUACGUGUCAGACACACACCAGAACUACACAGCCACUCAAACCAGGAAACAGCCAAGAAGUCCUGGUUACCAAUGGGAAUGGCAAUGUGGUAAAGGUCAGAUCCACAAAUAAAAUGGACAGUUGUUCUGGUAAAUACAGUUCUCCUUUGGCUAAGGCAAAACCCAAGGGGGUUGCAAUGGUUAAGAAUAUGAAUGGAACCAGAAGCAAUCAAAAAGACUGCAAAGAUAAAACGAAAAAUGGUGAUGUUUUAAAGGAGAAAGAUGAUAUAAAACAUAAGAGGAGGAAAGCUGAAGAACAUGUGGAGCAGCAACUCAAAGAGGCUGAAAUCUGGUUUGAUGACGUCGAUCCAAAAGAUAUCGAAGCAGCAAUAGGAUGUGAAGCAGCAAAAAUUGCACGAAGAAAUCUGGGACUUGAAACAGGUCAAUCCAGUCACUCUGUGAAGCAGGUGCUGGUUAAGGAAGGUGCUUUUGAAGGGCUGACGCGAGCUGUGGCCAUGGACUGCGAGAUGGUGGGAACGGGACCCAAGGGAGAGGACAGUAUUGUGGCUCGUGUGUCCAUAGUCAACCAGUUUGGAAAGUGUGUUUAUGACAAGUAUGUCAAGCCUACGGAAGAGGUGACCGAUUACAGAACUGCUGUCAGUGGCAUCCGCCCAGAGAAUAUAAAUACAGGUGAAGAUUUUAAAACAGUUCAGAAGGAAGUCGCUGACAUCUUGAAUGGAAGGAUUUUGGUUGGCCACGCUUUGCGGAAUGAUCUAAAGGUCCUGUUUCUUGAUCAUCCUCAGAAGAAGAUACGUGACACACAAAGAUACAAACCUUUCAGGCAGAGAGUCGGAAUCAAGAAUGGGAGGCCAUCACUGAAGCUGCUCUGUGAGAAACUGCUAAAUGUUCAAGUGCAGACAUCAGAGCACUGCUCGGUUCAGGAUGCACAAGCAGCAAUGAGACUUUACACCUUAGAGAAAAACAAAUGGGAAGCUGGUGUUAAGAACAAGUCUAACAACAAAAAAAUGUAAAACUUGAAUGAUUCUACCGCUGUGUUUUUAUCUACAGCAUCUGCUGGUUUCGUGUCACUUUCCAGGGCAAAUUUAGAAAUAACUCGGAACUGACAGCAGCAACUUAAAGAAAAAUAAUAAUCAAGAGACAGUACUUCCUAACCUGGUAUGUUAAUGCUGCCAACCGAGACUACUGCUGGCACCCCCUUUCUGAUGCCUACCACUGUGUUUCAACAAUAGCUGUAACCAAUACCUGCAUUUGUGAAGUACUUCAUGAGUUAAA